AGAUCGAAAGGUGAACAACCUAUACCAUAACGAAAGCGAAGUUAACAGCUUACACCACUGAGAACAGCCAAUGGUUGCAUGGCCUCGUUACGGCCGCUACUCGUGUUAGUAUUUAUUCUUCAAGCUCAUUUUGUGAUCUCAGCACUGAUUCCCAAAAAAGAAAAAUAUGAGCGCCAAGUUUACGAGAUGGAUACCGCGAAAUUGCGGAGAUUUUGGCACACUGGUACAAUACGCGGUGUCAUCCAGGCAUACACGAAAUCUAUGCUCACGGAUCUUCCACACGUCGAGAAGGUCGUUUAUGAUAUAUGUAUGGGAGACGCCAAGAGCAUAGUUGAUCUAGCCAAAUGUUCCGUUAGAGUGUUCAACACACGAGAUGCUCUAAAACGCUCACCGCCAAUAACAAGCUAUACUUCAACGACUACUUCAACUUCUACGACUUCUACGACAUCAACAACUACUAGUGUAAAAACUUUUCCAACAUCUUCGCUUUCCCGCCCAAAUAGUCUCUCCAAAAAGUGGGUGAGCAAGCCCGGCUCAUCCAGUAAACAGAAGGAAGCAAAGGCGCACACAUCUUCCGUCUGGAUUCUGGGUGAAGACGUGCCGAAAAAACGCGAGAACAGAACUAGAACCAAAAUUAGAACGAAGAAAAAAGGACCCAUUCUGACAUCUGCUACGCCAUCAAGCACUCUCAGACUGCACCCGUCCAAAAAACGAGUAGACAAAACUAGAUUGUCGAUCGAACUGGAGAAAGCUGAUCUUUCGGGAGUCUCCCACAGAGAUAGGAAAAGGGCACAUUUUUUACAAGUGCAAAAUGGGAUAAUGCGAACAAAGAGAAGCAUUAGACGGAGAGGUGUUGAUGGAACGUCAGAAGGCACGCACAUGACACCCAGAACUGAUGAUGGCGACACCUUUUCUGUUUUUCACGAUUUCUCUGCAGCAAAUGCCACGGCAAAUCUAUCGCAGAAACAGAUGGGAAACGAAACAAAACAGGCUGAACCGGGCUCGUACAUGAGCAAACUACAUUUAAUUCGUGAGCAUUUUCGCAGAGUAAAAGAAUGUGACGACUUUUUCAAAGAUUUGAACGAACGGAAUAAACAAUUUUUCGAACAGCUCAACCUCGGCUUUGAUAGUGACGCACCGAUUAUUGAGAAGCAGAAGAUCUCAGUAUUGGAUGAAGUGAUUCAGACAAUAAACGCGUUUGAAGGCCAAUCAUCUGACAAAUUAUCCUUCUUUUCACCACGUGUACUUUCACUACUUCCCGAAGCAGCUAUCCCAAAUCACGCGAAAAUCAUGUCGCCAACGCUGUUCAGUUUCCAGAAAGAGGGCAUUUUGUCGGUACCGGAUCUUUUCAAAGUGGCAGCGAUCAAUAAAGAAGAGCAAAACAGUCUACUGGAAAUGAUCAUGGAUAUUAGUGGUGCAGGAAAGGCUCUUGAGAGAGUGUUCACAGGACUAAAACCAGAAAUGGAUGAGAUAAAAAAUGUCAAAUAUCCCAUAGUCCAAAAACUCAUGAAACACGACGAAAGAUGGAAGCGUUCACGAGCCAGCUUCACAGAAGAACAAAACAAAGAUUUCGAUGAAAAAGGAUUCGCCUUUUUGGAUGAAGAACAGUUGAACCUGAUUUACGAACCAGAAGAUCAGCUUCGCUAUAAACUCAAUACCACUAUGCUUGGACGAUUAACAAAGGAGGAAAAGAUGGCAAGGUUAGAGAAGGACAUCCGGGCAGUAGCAGCGGUCGAUCGACCUCAAGGACCAAGCUGGGGAUCAGCACGUGUUCGACGACAAGCAGAUGACAAUCCCAUAGAUUGGGUGACAUUAGCGCCAAGAGCUUUCGCAGUGGACGUACUCGGUGGCUCAGCUUUGGACAUUGUCACGCUGUCACCUCGAGCUUUCAUAGUGGAAGUUUUGUGGCCUGCAGCUCUCAUACAAGAAACCCUUUCGCCGCGAGCGUUCUUCGUGUCAGUACUAUGCCCAAACGCCCUUAUCGCAAGGAUUUUGUCGCCGACUGCUUUCCGUGUCGAAGUGCUUGACCCGCGAGCACUGGUGGCAUGGGUUCUUAGUCCUCAGGCAUUUCUUGUUCAAAUACUUACUCCAAACGCCUUGAAUCCCCACGUGCUAAAUCCAGAUGCUUUCCUCGUAAACGUGCUCAGUCCAUCGCUGAUUUCGCCUGGAGUCGCAUCACCAAUAGCGUUAGAAGUUUUCGUUUUGAGUCCUUCGGUGUUGUCGCCUCGUGUACUAAGUGAUGAAAGAUUAAUUGUCGAGGUCUUUUCGCCUCACAUUUUGGGUGGAGAACACGUAGAAUCAGAGGCUCACCAGUACGUAUCGGAGCUUGGAGGAUUCGGAGGAGCUCAUAGUCCUCACUAUCACGGAGGUCAAUUUGUGCAAGAUUAGCUCAACUUAUAGAUUUCUCUUAAUAAUCUUCCGAUCUUGGGAGUCCAUCCUAUAUUACAGUAUCAUCAUUGCUUUUAUUAAGUGAGUUUAUUCUUCUUGUUUCAAAGGUAUUCAAUGUGU